CGAUUUUCCACAUUUGAAUGGAGGACACAUUACACGUAACACAACCAGGCAGCUACUUACUGUAACAUUCGGGACCAACUUCAACGAACAUUUUUGAAAAUGUCUUUAUGUAAUAUUUGGCAUUAUGAUUUGUCAAUGGGUGUUAAAUAAGGACAUUCGUCUUAGCUGAGUGUUUAUGAAAGUUCGGGAAACGCUAAAAAGGGUCAGAGGUUGUUUGCAUAGCUAAGGAAACGGAUAAAGUAAGUUGUGACAGAAUGAGCCACGCGAAAAGAACUUACCCAUAAACACACGAACAGGAUCCAAUAUUUACGUGUAAUUUGUUUGACAGUUUUGCGAAUGUCGGUUAGCGUUGGAUGGCUUGCUAAUAUGUGCCAGUUAACCUAGCUGCCUUGCUGUCACGCUUGUUGUAGCGGAGCAUGACCACAUCUGAGACAUCAUAAGUUUUUAUGAACUAUUGAUUGCAGAUGUUUUCUUGGCUAAGCAUGUGAAGUUAGCUACAGGACAAGGGCGAGUUGAAGAGCUGAAGGUGUCUGCAUGUUUAUGUGAGAAGCGGCUGAAAAAACAAUGGAACUGAUCUGCAUCCGUUUCAUUAGAAAUAGACAGCUAUAUAAUUUAAGGGCCUACAGUCAAAGUAGGCACUGGGACUUCAGCACUUCUCUCUGUCCACACAAAGCGUGCAGCCUUAAGAACAGGGCACUAGCGCCAGCCUGCUUCCAGGCGGGCAGAGGUAGCCUGUCUCCACUAUGCGAACAACUGUGGACAGCAGUCCCCACAGACCAGCAACGGAGACCAGUUUGCCAUGCCUACCUGAAUCACCCUCCUGUCACUAAAGGGAGGCUCUUUAGUGUGGGUGUGUCCUACCAGAAGGGACUUCUCCAUCAUAAUCCAGCAGCUUACGGUGUGCACAACUUUCACACAUCGGGACCCUUGAGAGCCCUGCCAAUCCCCCUAAUAUGGCUGGUCCUCAAGCCAUUACAGAAACUGGUGGCCAUUGUUCUGGGAAGGAGCAUCAGGAAGUGGUGGGGGGCUCUCCCGGCCAAUCGGCAGCAGCUGCUGCGGGAGGCCGUGUGGAGGCGGAGGUGGCACCUGGCGGCAGGUGGGGCGGCCCUGCUGGUGGCCCUCUCCGUGUUGCUCUUCACCCACCUGGACGAGUCCCCUGUCACUGGGCGGACCCGCCUGCUGGUCUUCACCAGAGAUAACUUCAUGGAGCUGGCCAAUGUGACAUCAGAGGGGUAUAUGGAACAGUACAAGGAUUCUUUUAUUCCAAUGGAGGACCCCAUGCACAAGGUGGUGGAGACGUUGGUCAAGCACCUGGCCCAGAGGAACCAGGACAUUGAAGAGGUGGCCAGAAUUCCAUGGAGCGUCCAUGUGGUGGACAGUCCCACCAUCAACGCCUUUGCUCUACCAAACGGGAAAGUGUUUAUCUUCACUGGCAUGCUGGAGGCCGUGGCAGACGUCCAUCAGCUGACCUUCAUUUUGGGUCAUGAGAUGGCCCACGCCCUGAUUGGCCACUCGGCGGAGCAGGCCAGCUUGUCGCACGUGGUGGACCUCCUUUCCCUCCUCUUCCUCACCGCCAUCUGGGCUGUGUGUCCUCAGGACAGCCUGGCCGUACUGGGACACUGGGUCCAGGGGAAGCUGGUGAAGUUCAUGUUCAAUCGGCCCUUCAGCAGGAGACUGGAGGCGGAGGCCGACCAGGUCGGGCUGCUCUUGGCCGCUAAGGCCUGUGCCGACGUACGGGCUGGACCCGUCUUUUGGCAGCAAAUGGAGAUUUCGAAUCAACUGACGGGUGACCCCACCGGGCCCGAAUGGCUCUCCACGCACCCCUCCCACAGGAAUCGGGGAAACAAACUGGACCGCUUGGUCCCUGAGGCUCUGAAGCUCAGGGCGAGCUGCGACUGCCCCGCCCUGCCGGGCACCGACCCCCGCGUCGUUUUCUCCGAGAGCGUGAAGCUGCUUCUGGAGACCGUGAAGGCGAAAGGCCAGGAGGGGGCGCACAAGGGGCCCGGGGCGCCGGUGGCCCCCGCCGCGCCUCAGGCGGCGGCGCUAGCGCGCUGGGGGCCCUGCCCUCCCUAA